GUGGUCAAACUUCAGAUAACGGAGAACCCGCGCCGACUAGAAUCGUCACCGAAUAGACACUAACACUAACCAACACUGAACUAGCGCCCGCCACGCUUCCCCCACUCUGCCUUCGACUGCGUACUAUCGAAAGCGAACAGGCGUGUUAACAUGUUAAAACAAAACACGUACAGACUGGUCAUUGUCGGCGAUGGCGGCGUCGGAAAGUCCUGCCUGACAAUCCAGUUUUGCCAAAACUACUUUGUCUCGGAUUACGAUCCAACCAUCGAAAACAUGUAUCGAAAACAAGUGAGCAUUGACAACGAGCCCUGCCUCCUAGAGAUACUCGACACGGCAGGUCAAGAAGAAUACAGCGCGAUGAGGGAUCAGUACAUCCGCGUCGGCAAAGGGUUCCUCAUCGUCUAUAGCAUCGUCAACCGAAGAAGCUUCGAGGAAAUCGAAGAAUUCAGAAACUCUAUCCUCCGAGUAAGGGAGGUUGAUCACUUUCCCAUCAUCCUUGUCGGAAACAAGUGCGACUUAGAGGCGUCCAGAGAAGUAGCUUACAUUGAAGGACUAGAACUAUCUAAGUCCUACAACUGUCCGUUCGUGGAGACAUCCGCCAAAAACAGAAUCCGCGUCGAUGAAUGCUUCUUAGAACUUGUGAAAGAGAUAAGGAAAUACGACCUCCAAAAUGCGUCUCUAACCGAAUCAUCGACACAAAAGUCCACCUCGAGAAGAAGUGGUAUCUGCGUCGUUGUCUAGCUCAAAUAAGCCAUCACCUAGCGAAUGAAUCUGCUCACUGCGUUGUAAAAAGUUUUUGUCAUGGAGGGGAAAAUUUUCACAAAAAGUCGUCCCUCUUUCAAAAUAUUGCAACAAAACCACACCCAAUAAAACUGAAAACGAUAGUAACUAGACCAUG